UCCUGUGACGUAGGGUUAGCCCCCGUGCUACACGCGGGAAACAGGCGGACCGCAUCAGAUUGACAGUAGGGCUUUAAAGUUUUCCCACUGUGUUAAUGGUUAACUGUAGGCAAGCCUCUAAUAUCUAGCAUCAGCCUGUAGUCGAGAUGGGAGACACACUGGAGUUCAACGACAUCUACCAGGAAGUCAAAGGCUCCUGGAAUGACGGCCGGCUGCGCUUCAGCAAGCAUAAUGUGGUGUACAAGAGCAGCAAGACGGGAAGGGUGGACAGCAUCCCGGCAGGUGAACUUAGCCUGGCGCAAUGGCGACGCGUGUGUUUAGGUCACGGAAUCAAGCUGAGCACCAGCGCAGGACACUCCUACAAAUAUGACGGCUUCAGGGACACGGACUUUGAGAAGAUCUCAGAGUUCUUCAAAGCAAACUACAACAUGGAGCUAACAGAGAAGGACAUGUCUGUGAAGGGGUGGAACUGGGGAACGGCCAAGUUUUCUGGGCCGUUGUUAUCGUUUGAUGUGAAUGACACGACAGCCUUCGAGGUCCCUCUAGCCAACGUGUCACAGUGCGCCACGGGCAAGAAUGAAGUCACCCUGGAAUUCCACCAGAACGACGACGCCGAGGUCUCGCUCAUGGAGGUCCGCUUCUACGUCCCGCCCGGUCAGGCGGACGAGCGGCAGGACCCUGUGGAGGCCUUUGCCCAUAAUGUCUUAUCAAAGGCGGAUGUGAUCCAGGCCACGGGAGAUGCUGUGUGUAUUUUCAAAGAGCUGCAGUGUCUUACACCCAGAGGAAGAUAUGACAUUCGCAUCUACCCAACCUUCCUUCACCUCCAUGGUAAGACGUUUGACUACAAGAUUCCCUACACCACCGUCCUUCGUCUAUUCCUGCUGCCACACAAGGACCAGAGGCAGAUGUUCUUUGUGAUUAGUCUGGAUCCUCCCAUCAAGCAGGGCCAGACACGAUACCACUUCCUGAUUCUGCUAUUCUCCAAAGAGGAAAACAUCAGCCUCUCACUUACCAUGAGCGAGGAUGACGUGGAGCGCCGCUUUGAGGGCAAACUGAGCAAGAACAUGUCAGGGUCUCUCUAUGAGCUGGUCAGCAGGGUGAUGAAGGCCCUGGUCAACAGAAAGAUCACAGUGCCCGGGAACUUUCAAGGCCACUCUGGUGCUCAGUGCAUCACUUGCUCCUACAAGGCAACCUCGGGUCUCCUCUAUCCCUUGGAAAGGGGCUUCAUCUACGUUCACAAGCCCCCCGUACACCUGCGCUUCGAGGAGAUCUCCUGCGUCAACUUCGCCCGAGGCACCACCACGACUCGUUCCUUUGAUUUUGAGAUUGAGACCAAGCAGGGAAACCAGUACACCUUCAGCAACAUUGAGAGGGAAGAGUACGGCAAGCUGUUUGACUUUGUCAACGCCAAGAAGCUCAACAUCAAGAACAGAGGUUUCAAAGAGAAGAAGGGAAUGAAGGGUAACAUCGACGAGUACAGCGACUCGGACGAGGACAAGCACGACGCCUACUUGGAGCGCAUGAAGGCUGAGGGCAAGAUCAGAGAGGAGGGCAAUGACAGCGAUGAUUCCGACAGCGGCAGCGAUGAGUCUUUCAACCCUGGUGAGGAGGAUGACGACAUUGCAGAGGAGUACGACAGCAAGGCGUCGGCUAGCGACAGCAGUGACGAAGGCGACGGGAGUGAUGGUGACAGUCCAAAGAAGAAGCAAAAAGUUGAAAAGCCAAAAGUGGUGAGGGAGAAAAAGGAAAGGAAGCCACGCAAAGAGAGGAAGCAGAAAGACAAAAGUGGCCCCAAGCGGCCAAUGAGUGCCUACAUGCUGUGGCUCAAAUCCAGCCGUGAGAAAAUCAAAUCGGACAACCCCGGAAUCUCUGUCACAGAGAUCUCCAAGAAGGCUGGUGAAUUGUGGAGGCAGCUGGGCAAAGACGAGAAAGAGGAGUGGGAAACCAAGGCAGGAGAAGCCAGGAGGCAAUACGACAUCGCAAAGAAGGAGUACAAGGAAAGCGGUGGAGGAGACUCUUCCAUUUCGAAGAGGGAGGCCAAGAAGUCUGGAGGCAAAAGGGAGGAUAAGAAGUCCAAGUCCUCUGGAGGAGACAAGGAGAGGGAGCGCAGUGGCGGCAACGAGAGCUUCAAGAGCAAAGAGUUCAUUGAGACCAGUGAGAGCUCGUCCGACUCGGACCAUAAGAGCAAGUCCAGGAAGAAGAAGAAGAAGAAGAAGGAGGAAUCAGAAGAGGAGGAAGAGGAGGCUGCAUCCACACCUGCGAGCUCAGAGGAAGAGUCCGACUAAACACACACACACACACACUGACAUACAAUAUAUCUCACUCAAGGACCAGGCAUUUACACUUUUCAUGUUGAGUUCUCUCAAUCGGACUGAAAACAAAACAAAUCACCAAAAUUGUAAGUUUUGCUUUAAAUUUAGCACAAUAUCACCAACUCUCCAUCACUGACAUCUUUCCUCAAAGCUUAGUCUUGACAUAUUUUGUGUUGAUUUUUUUUUUUUUCUCCUUUUGGUGUUCCAUGUGUAUACUUACUGUAGUUUUGUAGCGCUUAAUAGUGCAGUUAUUAGUUCAGAUUUCAUUGUCAUGUUUCUAGGAUUGAAUAAAGCUAAUUUUUAAUAAAAAAUCAAAAACUCAU